GUGAACGUUCCGGGCUCCUGGACUCUGAAAGAGCUGGCCGCGUUCCUUUGCACAAAGGCCGCCGUGACCCGGCUCUACAACACGUACCUGGAGGCUGUGUUCUUCUCCUUCCCACGAUUUCGUACCCAGCCACCGAGUGAGCAUGCGCUCAAGGAGAAGAAGGAUCUCUGCGGCCGCGACAUGGAACAGCUGCAAACCAUCCUCUUCCACGACCGCCUGACCUUGCUGAGCCAGUUCGCAUUUAACGUGGGGCUCUACUAUGCCAUUCCGGGGUACUACCCAGCUCCGACAGGUGUGGUCACACCUCUUCAUGAGCGUGCGCUUCGCCUCGUGGCCAACCACUACCUUAUGUCCUUCGGCAUGUACUGGAUGCAUCGGGCGCUUCAUGUCGUUCCAUUCUUGUGGGACAACAUCCACUGUUAUCACCACUGGGCAAAGCAUCCACUGUCCCGCAACACCUACGACGAUCACUGGCUCGACAACUUCGGCAAUGCUGUGGUGGGACAUUUCUGCGCACAGGCCUUCUGGAUUCACUUGAGAAGCAAAGGAGGAUUUCAUACCUGUACUUUCCAUUUCUUUUUAUGGCAGAGGAGCCAUUUUCUUUGCACCAGAACCCUGAAUCCCUGA